GUUGUUGUGGACACCAAGAGGAACCUCCAGGUGGACUCGCAGAAGUCUUGGACACUUUGGAAGCAGCGACACUGGCGGUGAGCAUGCUCUGCAGAAGCGUGCAGGUGAUGACAACAUGCGCCUUGUUUACGCUGCUCUGUGAGCCUGUGCUCGCCGUGUCGGAGGCUGAUUCCUGCCCUGCUGUCUGCGAGUGCUCCGAGUGGCAAACUCACACCAUCUCCUGCUUUGACAUUGAUUUUCUCCCCAGGUUUCCAGCGAGCACGGAGACACUAUGGCUUUUCGAGACCCGUCUGUCAUCGGUGCCAGCGGACGCCUUUGCCAACAUGGUCAACAUCUCGAUGAUAUAUAUAUCGGUGGACGUGACGCUGCAGAGGCUGGAGAGGCACUCGUUCUACAGCCUGAGGAAAGUCACCCAGAUUGAGAUACGUAAUGCAAAGAGUUUGACCUACGUUGACCCAGAAGCCUUUAAGCAUCUCCCGAACCUCAAAUACCUGGGGAUUUUCAACACCGGCCUUACUUUGUUCCCUGACCUGAGCAACAUCCACUCUCGUGACAUGAACUUCAUCUUGGAAAUUGUGGAUCAUCCCUACAUGACUGAAAUCCCAGCCAAUUCCUUCCGUGGCAUCACCAGCGAUGUGCUGACACUGAUGUUGUAUGGAAAUGGCUUCAGAGAAAUCCAUCACCACGCUUUCAACGGGACCAGGCUGGAUCAAGUCGACCUUCACAGGAACAAGGAUUUGACCAAGAUGGAUGAAAGGGCUUUCGCGGGCACCAUUAGCGGCCCCAUGCUUCUAGACGUUUCCCUGACAGGGAUCCGAUCGCUGCCGACCGCAGGUAUGGAUUCUCUCCGGGAGCUGAAGGCGCGCAACACCUGGUCCCUCAAGAAACUGCCACCUAUCAAAACAUUCAAGCACCUCUCCAUCGCCAACCUCACCUACCCCAGCCACUGCUGCGGCUUCAAAAACCUCAAGAAGAAACGAGGCUUUCUCGAGUACCUGAUCUGCAACUUGACUGCGCUCCAAGACCAGCAUCACAAGCGCUCUGUGGGACCCCUCACCAGGACCUCUUUUCAGGGAGAUAGCAUGCUCGAGACGGUCUCUGACCUGGAGCCACACGACGGAGGUCAGAUUGAGUCCCAGCAGCAAGACUGGAGGAGAGGUGACUUCCAUGGCAGCCUCCACUACCACGCCUAUUUCGGGGGCCAGCCGGAUGAGGAUGUGGGUUUCGGAGAGACUCUCAAGAACCCCCAAGAGGACACCAGCCAAGAUUUUGACAGUCGUUACGAUUAUGUGGUGUGUGAGGAGGGAGAGGAGGUGGCAUGUUCACCAGUCCCUGAUGAGUUCAAUCCUUGUGAGGACAUAAUGGGUUUUGGCUUCCUGCGAGUGUCUGUGUGGUUUGUGAGUCUGCUGGCCAUUCUGGGAAAUGUGGUGGUGCUACUGGUGCUGCUCACUAGCCAUUACAAGCUCUCAGUCUCCCGCUUCCUCAUGUGUCACCUCGCCUUUGCAGAUCUAUGCAUGGGGAUUUAUCUGCUGCUCAUUGCCUCCGUAGACCUCCACACAAGGGCCGAGUACUUCAACCAUGCCAUAGACUGGCAGACAGGUCCUGGAUGUGGGCUUGCGGGUUUUUUCACGGUGUUUGCCAGUGAACUGUCCGUCUACACCUUGACAGUGAUCACUCUGGAGAGGUGGUACGCCAUCACCUUCGCCAUGAGGCUGGAUCGCAAGUUGCGUCUGCACCAUGCGGCGGCCGUGAUGCUAGGCGGCUGGAUUUUCUGCCUGGUCCUGGCUCUGCUUCCACUCGCCGGGGUGAGCAGUUAUCAGAAGGUCAGCAUCUGUCUCCCAAUGGACACUCAGUCCACAAUGGCUCAGGUCUACGUCUUGUCAGUGCUGGUCCUCAACAUUCUGGCCUUCCUCGUUAUCUGCGCUUGCUACUUCAAGAUCUACUGUGCAGUGCACAACCCUCACUACCGUUCUGGAUCCAAAGACACCAACAUUGCGAAGCGCAUGGCGGUCCUCAUCUUUACUGACUUCUUGUGCAUGGCACCCAUUUCCUUCUACGCCAUGUCAGCCGUGCUGGACCAGCCUUUAAUCACUGUCUCCAACUCCAAGAUCUUAUUGGUGCUCUUCUACCCGCUUAACUCCUGUGCCAACCCGUUCCUCUAUGCAAUAUUCACCAAAGCCUUCAGGGGGGAUGUGUUCAUCCUCCUCAGUAAGGUGGGUCUAUGUCAGCAACAAGCGCAGUUGUUCAGAGGCCAGACAGUCUCGUCCAAAGGAAGCAGUGGAACAUCUCAGGUUCGCAAAGACAAGUGUAAAAUUAGGAAGGGAGGAAGUGGAGGGCAGGAGGAGCUGCCCAUCCACCUGAGGAAAUGCUCCGGAUAUACCUGCCACCAAGCAGUCGGCCAGGAGACAGUCCUGAAGAGAGCCAGAGCCUGAACACGUGAGCCAAACAUCAGCUUGAAGAAACUGGGGGGAAAAAAAGUAAGUCAGGUUCAAGUGGGACCCGAAGAAGCCUUGAAGUGUUUGUGGACAGAAGUGUUUGGAUAUUUAACAGAAAGCGCCGGGAUUCUGUAUCUGCGUCAACUUUCAGGCUAAGUUCAGCUGUUUUCACAAUUUUCGGCUGUGAUGAUUUUAUGGUUCCAGUUGUUGGAAAAAACAGAGUGUCAGUGAAACAUGAGCUGGACUUCAUCUCAUUUAGGGUCCUUUUUUUCUCUCUGAUAGACUGCAGAGAGGAGGGCAUAGACUAUUGUACGUUAAACUAAAGAUGCAUCGCCAACAAACAAAUACUGUACAUAACUAUGAAUAAAGUCUAUUUUUCUUUUAUUUCAUAUUGAGUGUAAUGUGUGCACAUUAUCUGCUUGCAGUGUGACUAUGAGAUAAAAGAAAAAGCAUAAGCUCGUCACUUGUGAUCGAAAUACAUUACAGUGUUUGAUGAUUAUUGAUUAAAACAGGUCACGUUGUCUGAAAUCUAAUGCAUUUAUGAAGCUGAAAAGUGAAGUGGGGUUUUUUUUGGACUGCACCAAGCAGAUGUUUCUCCUCUUUUGGAUCAAACUAUGUGCCUACUGUUGUUUUUAAGUGUUGUCAUGAUGUUUCUCAAGCUAUUAAAUAUUGGUACUUUCACCUAUUGCUCAAUGAUCCGGCUUAACACUGUUUGCACACUCCCAAGAGCAUGUGAUCCAAUUACAAAAGUAAACCCCCA